AUGAAGACCACUUUCUUGCUCGCUUCUCUCGCCAUCGCCGCCGUCGCCUCUGCUGCCGGCACCACCUACCUCGAGGAGAACUUCACCGAUAGCAACUGGGAGGACCGCUGGACGGCUUCCUCAGCCAAGGACAACUUGGGCAAGUUCGCCCUCUCAUCGGGCACCUUCCAGGCAGACAAGGAGUCCGCCCAGGGUCUUCAAACAACAGAGGACCACCGCUUCUACUCCAUCUCGACCCCCUUCGCCUCUGUCGCCGACAACUCAAAGGAGGACCUCAUCAUCCAGUACACUGUUAAGCAAGAGGUCAACCAGGAGUGCGGCGGUUCCUACCUCAAGCUCCUCCCCGAGGGCUUCGACGCCGCCAAAUUCGACGGCGACUCUGAAUACGCCAUCAUGUUUGGCCCCGAUGUCUGCGGCCCCGACAACCGCGUCCACAUCAUCCUCAACUACAAGGGCAAGAACUUGCUCUCCAAGAAGCAGUACCCCGUCCCCAAGGACUCCAAGACCCACUUCUACCGUCUCACCGUCCACCCCGACCAAAAAUUCUCUCUCAUCAUCGAUGGUGAGGUCUCUGAGGACCACGUCGAGAUCGAGAAAAACUGGGAUAUCUAUGCUCCCCGCACCAUCCCCAACCCUGCCGAGACCAAGCCUGCCGACUGGGUCGAUGCCAAGCAGAUCGAGGACCCCACCCACGUCAGGCCCGCCAACUAUGACCAGAUCCCCCGCUACAUUCCUGACCCCGAGGCCACCCAGCCCGAGGACUGGGAUGUCGAGGCUGAUGGCGAUUGGGAGGCUCCUGAUAUCCAGAACCCCGAGUUUGAGGAGUUUGUCCCCCGGUUCAUCCCCAACCCUGCAUACAAGGGCGAGUGGAAGGCUUCCGAGAUCCCCAACCCCGAGUUCAAGGAGGAUACCGAGUUGGGUCACUACAAGAUUGCCGGUGCUGGUCUUGAUCUCUGGCAGGUCAAGAGCGGAUCGAUCUUUGAUGACAUUAUUGUCACGAGUGAUGCCGCCGUCGCCGACAAGUACCUCGAGAGCUGGAAGGCCAACUUCAAGACCGAGGGCGAGAUCGUCGAGGCCUUGGAUGCUCAGUUGAAGGAGAAGGAGAAGCAGGAGAAGGAGGCCGCUGCUGCUGCUGCUGCUGCCGAGACCGAGAAGAAGCCCGAGGAGAAGGAUGAGCUUGAUGAAGAAGAGGAGACCCCCGUCGCCACUGAGGCCGAAGCUGAGGCUGAGGUCAAGGAGCCCGAGACCGAGACCGAGACUGCCCCCGAGGCUGUCCCUGAGGCUGAGGUUGUCCCUGAGGCCGUUGUUGAGGAAGUCAAGGAGACCAAGGAGGCCGCCCCUAAGGUUGUCGAGGAGGUUAAGGAGACCAAGGAGGCUGAGACUGAGCCCGAGAUCGUCGCCGAGAAGAUCGUUGAGCCCGAAGUCAAGCUUGAGGUUGUUGUUGAUGAGACCAAGGAGGCCGAGAAGGAGCCUAAGGCCGCCGAGAAGGAGCCUAAGGUCGCCGAGAAGAAGGAUGAGUCUGCUGAGGCCAAGCACGACGAACUGUAA